AACGGGAGGCUGCGAAAGACGGGCUAAGAUGGCGGACGAUCUAGACGAGCUGUUGGACGAGGUGGAGACCAAGUUUUGUCGCCUUUCCAAGUCGGAUUGCCCUGACGGGGUCCGUAUUCAGGGGGAGACAAAGAAUCGCCCGCGAGAGCUGGAAGAAGCGGCUAAAGCUGCCUCGUCUGUAGAGAGGGCCAGAGUUUCCAAAAUAUCAACAAAGCAUGGUAAUGAAGAAGAGGACUUGGAUGAAAUAAUUAAAGAUAUAAUUGAUGGAAAGAACUUUGCCAAAAAUCCUCUGAAAUGUAUAUCUAAAUGUUCCACCCUCGCAGCUGAAACUAAUAUUACCUCCAUUCAUGCUCAAGGUAAGAGAUGUUGCCCAGUAUACCUUGGAGGAAGUACUGCACUGUAUGGUAUUGGAACCAAUAUUUCACAGAGAACUUGUGAUCAACUACGUUGUACUGUAUGUGACUUCCGUGUUUUAAACUAUGAUGACUAUCAGUGGGAUAAAUCAUGUGAUUACCUCUUUUUCAGGAAUAACAUGCCUGAAUUCAGCAAACUGAGAACAAAGAUGGUGAAGAAGAAAGGAACACGGGCCUAUGCUUGCCAGUGCAGUUGGAGAUCUAUAGAUGAACUAACAGACCUGAGUAUGGACCGACAGCUGCGUUGGGUUUGUAGCAAACACGCUGAGUGACAUCAUCCUGCUAGUUCACAUGGCCAUUUCUGUAUGAAGACCAGCUUCAGUAUUCAUCGGUGAUAAAGCAGGCCCAUGUUCUGUGCACAGAAUGCUUCUCAUUAUUCCAAGUAUAACCUGAGUACUCUGCCUGGUCUGUAGUUCCCUCAUCAGCUAACCAAACUGGGUGGGAUGGUCAUCCAGUAUCUCAGCAACCUGCACCCUUGAGAAUUGGACUGACAUGACUAUUGACAGUGUUGUUAGGAAUCAUUCGACUUGUUAGUUCCCUGCACUAUUAUCAGUACAAGUGGAAAUGAAGGUCUGUGGCCUAGGAAGCAUUUCAGAAAUGGAGGAUGCAUGAAAUGAAAUCUGACCAAGCUAUUCCUUUGGCUGGAACGCUCUUUUCUUCCCCCUAAUAUGAGCAUCUGAAACACUAAAAGUUUAAGCAUUUGGUAUAUUCAGAAGAAAGCUCUGCUGACAAUGGGAGAAGACGAUAAAACCUUAUAUCUGGCAUUCCGGAAGACGUGUGUUGAAAUAAACAACAUUUAGUAGCAGUAUUAGCAGAAAUGAAAUGGUCUGGCAUCUUGAAGGUUGCUCUGAGCAACAGCAACUAUCAGCAUUGCUCCAGACUUGCAAGGUAGAGUACAGCAUCCCUGAGCCAUGCUCUUAUGCUCAUGUCCCUGGAGGUAAACCUCAGUUAACACAAUGGUAUUUUACCUCUGAGUAAAUAUAUGGAUGGCAUUGGGUUGCACCGCUAUUUAGUGCUGCUUGCCCCCAUCUCUUGCAGAGGGGAUCACAGGGAUUCAAAGGUUUGUUUGUUUGUAUCAAGCAUAUUUAUUUGUGGAAAAUGGGAAGGGAAGCUGAGAGGCUGUGCCUUCCUUACCCAUCUCUGCUCAAGUUUUAAGCUAACCAGACCACCAUCAUCCAACAAUUGUUAUCAGUGAACUCAAAAUAAAAUGAUCAUCAUGCUCAGAUUUUCUGUUUACAUCUUUUUAUCAAAAUACUAAUAAAAAUAAGUAAUCUUGACCUCUUUCACACACACACAUGCGCCCACACCUCUUAAGGUUCCAAUUUUAAAAACUUUUUACAGUUGUUGAGGUAUUUAGAUUUAGGAGGGUUUUUUCCUGAAUAUAAUCCUUGUUUAUAUGUAAUUUUCUCAGUCUGUAUAUGUAAUACCCCAUUAUUUCUCAGUAUUGUGGUUUUUUGGUAGCACUGGAAGCUUAAGAAAAUGUGUCAUGGCUUUGUUUUUGUUGAACAAAUACAGAAGGUGAAUAGCAAACAGGGUUUGGUUCAAUGGAUUUUUUUUCUGCUAACAGCAGGACUUGCCUUGUACCAGAGGGAAAGAGCUGGUAUUAGUGGAACAGUACUGUGACUUAAUCAACAGCAAGCCAGGCAAACAAUUGACAGUUAAUAACAGCAUCAUGACAUAGUUACUUGAAAGUAAGGUCCCUUUAUUUUAUUUGCUUUUUGUGUCAUCUGUUUAGACUCAGAGUGUAAAGUAGUCUGUGAUAAGCAUAUUUCAAAUGCAUGUCAAAUUGAAAUAUAAAAACUGUAUAGAGUUAAAUUGGUCACUCUCUUCUGUUUCUCUAGUACUACAAUCAUUAAAAGCUAUAUUCUUGCA